AAGAGAAAGAUGAGGAUAUGCUGUGUAUGUUUUAGAAGGUGCUGCAGAUGUUGUAUUGAAUAUUUGCCGAGUUCUGAAUCGGAUUCCGAUUCGGAUCUUGAAAGAAGUAUUCAGCGAAGCAGACGAGAUGUUGGCGGCCUUGACCCUUUUGGUAGGAGGCGGAGGAGUGAUGAGCGACCUACCCUUGCAGAUGGAUUGCGAUCAGAACGAGAUUCUCGUCCGAAUGAAGUUCAACAAGCGCUGGAACGCAUUGCAAUAGAGGAGUCCAGACAGAACUAUCAGAUGAAUAUUGCUCAGGGUUCAGGAACAAACGAUGGUGGUCAGUUCAAUGCCUUAUUUUCACAACCAGGUGAUAAUAUUGAUGAGAUAGGCCUUGGAUUUCCAACAAUUGAUGUAGGAGAAAGUAGUUCUGGGCCGCAAGGAGCAGAAGGAGGUGCUGCUCCAACAACGGUAAACGAUGAUCUAGCAAUGCUGAGAGAGGUUGAAUCGUUGCUUGAUCGCCAUCAUCGACAUUUAGGACGUGACGUCAUCCCUCUUCAAAUAUCGAGAGAAAAUAUUUUAGAGAAUUUGAUUGGUUAUUAUACUGAAGAAUCUCUCGCAAGAUCUCGCAUUACUGUGAAGUUUAUCGGUGAGGAAGGCAUGGACUGUGGUGGUGUCACCUACGAUAUGUUUACAACAUUUUGGUACCGAGCUCAAGAGGAAUUUUUCAUUGGUUACGAGGCAGUGGUUCCGUAUCUUCCCCCUCAAAGAUUCACAGACGAUUCAAAAUAUCGAGUUCUCGGUCGCAUAUUAUCCCAUUCCAUUGCCGUUAUGAAAGAAUUUCCGAUACAUAUGUGUAAAAGCACGAUUAUCGCGAUGAUCUACGAAACUACUGAUGUUUCGGCAGAAAUUCUACUUGAAGAUUUCCUGUACUUUCUGGACAGCCAUGAUCGUAAUUUGGUUACCACGGCAAUAAACGAUUACAGCAGUUUAACUUCAGAUCAAGCAGACGAACUUAUGACCAUAUUUGAAAGGUAUGAAUAUGCGAUCAGAAUAACAGCCGAGAACUUUAAGCAUCACGUGACUCAAUUGGCACGCCACGUGACCUGUAUACGCCCAAAACCAUUGCUUGACAAAAUGAGAUCGGGUAUACCACAGUCUCAUUUGGAACAUUUUUGGUCGAAUUUCCAUUUAAAAACCCUCGGCAUCCUGUUUAGAGCUCUGAAACCAACUCCGGAAAGAGUUAUCGCGCGCUUAAAAACUUCCGAUGACAAUCCGCGUCUUUCUCGGCAUCAAAGACGGGUAUUCGAUUUUCUUAAAGACCUGCUGAAAGAAAUGUCGGAACCAGAGCUUGAGACUUUCCUUCAUUUUGUAACAGGAAAGAAGUCCAUACCACGAGAGAAGAUAACUAUUGAGUUUACAACAGAAACAGGGAAGCUUAGAUUACCAAAGGCUCACACAUGUUCAAACAUGAUGGAGUUGCCAGCAUCAUACGAAGAUUACGAAACCUUUCGCUCCGAGCUCAAACAUCUUUUGGCAUCCGAUGAAGCACUGAAAAUGUCAAUGGAGUAGAUGGCCACGGAAUGAACUCUUUGCCAAAAUGUUAUUUACGAUAUGAUAUACAUGUAUAAGUGAACAUUUGGAGUCGAAAAACACUUUAUGAUUGAUAAAACGAAAGUGAUAAAAAUCAUGCUCAUAUCGCAUGCACAUGACCGGAAGUUAGUGUUAUGACUAUCACCGUCUAUAUAUAGCAUAUGUCAUUUUGUUGAUUUUAUAAUUCUGUUUCGCCAUUGAACUAAGUACUCUACAAAAUCAUGCUCGUAUUAAUUAUCAAAAUUUUCCGUAGCUUUGAUAAAAUAUACAUGUCAGACAAAUUUUCAUUUCAUUUAAAUCAUGCAUUAGAAUAACAUGAAAAGAAAUAUCGCGCGUGGUAAAUUCAUCAGAAAGCAGUUAAAAAAUUAAUCCUAACCAACAAAUACUUGUACUGCCAAGUAGGUAAAUACACGUAUGAAAUACAUCAUUAUGACAGCAGCUUCACAUAUAACUCAAUCUUCGCUUUAUCUCGUAGAGAACUGAUUGGUCCCUUGAGUGUCCAUUUAUCGAGUUUCAACCGUAUUCCCAAUAUGUGACGUAUGUAAUAAUACGAUGUCGUCAUAUCUCCUGAUUAAAUUGUGUAAAAAUGUGUGCUCAUAAGGAAAUAAUGCACUAAAACUUUGUUCUAAUUUCGAGACUUUGUUCUGAUAGUUAAACUUUGUGUUGAUAAUGAAUAAUACAACUUUAAACUGAUUAUGAAACUUUUGUACUCCUAAUGUGCUCAGAAUGAAGUUUAACUUAGUGAUAAUUGGGAACACUUUGUAAUAAUAACGAAAUUCUUUUCUCACAAAUUUGUUUGAUAAUAAAACAUUAACCGGAUUAUACAUACGCUAGUUUAUUUAUAUUAAUAAUUUUGCAUCUGCGUCAUUUAUCUAUUUUUAUAUUGAUUGCUUAUACAUGUAUGUCCAUUUUUG